AUGCUCCGUCCGGCUGCUUCCUGUCUCCGGACAUGCUGUCUGCGCGCCCUCGCGCCCGCCGUACGGCCCGCUCGCCGUGCUCUGGUUGUUCCUGUGCGAUGCAUCAACAUCACGGCCAUUGCGCCGCCCAUUUCAGAACCCACCCUCGAUCGCCCCGCCACCAUUGAAACGCCUCCAGGACCAAUUCCCUCCCCAGAUGCCCGCUUCGAAGUCAUCGGUUCACCCUUUUCGCUCCUCUCCGCUUCUCUUUCAGCCUCCCAGCAGCUCUACACCCGGCGUGGAACAUUGGUUGGCCUCAGUGGCAAAGGAGAGAAUACUCUCUCUACCUUGUCCUUUCUCGAGCCAUUUCGACGUGCACCCGUCGGAAUUCCGUUCCUAUACCAGAAAGUUACAUCAACAUCUCCUAUUACCGCUCUCAUCUCCACCAAAUCUCCCAUAUCCUCCAUCGUAACGGUCCAUCUUGACGGCCGACAAGACUGGCUUAUUGCACAGCGCCAGGCGCUCCUCGCCUGGACUGGUCUCACUCUCGUACUCAAACCUCAAUACAACUUCAAGUUGGGCAUGGCCAACUGGGGCAACACCCAUGUCACCGGACGAGGCCUGCUUGCCCUUACGGGGACUGGCCAGAUUUACCAAGUGCGACUAAAAGCCGGCGAAAGCUACGUUGCCCAUCCCAGCAAUGUAGUGGCCUAUACUGCAUCCGCUAGCCCUCCGCUCCCAUUCCGGUUCAAGUCCUCCAGCCUCGUAUUUCAGGUUCCCGACCUGGGCUUUGGUUCUCUCUUGCAAAACAUCAAAUUCUUCAGGGUGAUGAGUGAGACUCCGACUUGGAGAACACUGGCGACUGUUGCGCAUACAGUCAAAACGUGGCUGAGGCGAUCGAUAUGGGGGGAUCGGCUCUUCGUCCGCUUCGAGGGCCCCACUACCCUCUUGCUUCAAUCACGGGGCUCACGAGUAAGCGAUGUGCUCACUUUGAAGGACGUCGACGAGAUAGCCGCGAGCCCCCCAGGUGCUCUGCAGGAUACCAUCUCGCGGAAGAUACGGGAAGACAUAAGAGAGAUCGAGGCCAGCCACGCGGCCGGGCCAAAGACGCCCAUAGCAUCACAGGAAGCAGGUGACGGGUCCAAAGUUCGAUAUGCCACCGUGCACAACGGAAAGGUCGACUUUGAGAAGCCAUGAACAGUCUCGCCUUGGCCAUAGUAAAAAGUGUACCAUCGCUGUAAAAUUAGGGUUCCAUAGUUUUGGAGCCAUUGUCAGAGAUACCCAAUUGUUAGCCAUGUAUGCAUCCACAGUACACAGUCUGCAUCCAUGGAUGGGCCGAGAACAAGUAUCCUUGGCGCACGUCAUGGGAUCGAUGGUCCUAACCUAUCACCAACGCAAUCCAUUCCAGCCAUGUUCCUCAUUUUCCGUCUCUCAAUCCUCAGUAUCGACUGCAGCUGAGAAUGUGUCUUUUCACAACAACGCGUACCGUCGACGGUCGCCAUGCCGUUUUCGACCGAGGAG